CCUCCGUCCCCCACCAGAAAACACUCCAUUUCCUCCCAUCAACCAGACCUUCCCAUCCCCAACCUCCUCACAGGCAGAAAGGCUGCACGCUCAUUGCGGCUCUUCCGUGACGCCCCCAAUCAGCAAAUUCACCACCAAAAUCAACACCAAAAUCAACACCAAAAUCAACACCAAAACCAGGACCUCCAUGAUGCAAACGCCUCUUCCACCUCCCCCACCUCCAUCCCCCUCGAGCCAGUCUCUUCCGCCACCUAUUUCCCCCACACGCCAGCCGACACAGAAUUAGCCGCCGAGGUUGCCCAAACGCCAAAUGCUGCCAAAGAUGCCUCCGACCCCGAAUCGCCCCAUACUCAGCAUCUCACGGCCAAGGUCGAGUUUGAGCACCUCAGCAAUGGCGAUAUCACCAAGAUCAAGGGCGACAUCUCCAAAAUCCAGUCCAGGACGUCGUCGCCAGUUCCAGACGACAUUCAGCACCAGAAAACUUACCAGAACGCGCACCAGCCGCCUUCCAGCCCUCUAGCAGCACCACCAGUGCCCUCACCAGAGUCUUUCCCGUUGGCAGUCGAAUUGCGUCCGUUCAAGAACAAGGUAGGGGGUCAUACUGCCAUUUUUUCGUUCUCCAAACGUGCUGUGUGCAAGGCGUUGAUGAACAGAGAAAACUUGUUCUACGAAGCCGUCGAGUUGCGGCAUCCGGACCUCUUGAAGUUCAUGCCCAAGUACAUCGGCGUGUUGAACGUCAGAUACUCCAGCAUCAUCACCGAAGACGCCAGCCACGAGAAACCAGUGUCUGUACACGGAGGAGUUGCUCUCGAAUCGCAUCCCAGCGACGACUACCCUCCCGAGGUGGUUUUGGACGAUAAUAAGCAUAUCAUCCCCGACUCUUUGUGGAAACAGUACUCGGAGUCGUUGCCAUCACCUGGGAACGAGUCCUAUAUGGCACGCAGCCGCCAAAACAGCUACCACGAGACAGAGGCGCCAGACCAGGAAACCACCGAACAGGACGGCGCGUCGGCGUCUUCUUCGCUUCAUUCGCAUAACCCCCACAACUACGCCUCCCGCAUCCCCAACAACAUCGGCUCCACGUUGGUCAACACCGAUUUGCAGGUCCAAAUUCUCCAGGAGGUAUUCCAGCCGUCAUUGAAGCACCACAGCCCUCCGAGCCACCAGGACGACAUUUUUGCGAUGGACGAAGAGACCAGCAUCAAGGAGGACUCGCCAGAGUUGCAGUCUCCACAUUCGCCCUCCAACGCGAAGUUCCUGGCCAUCUCCCGCAAGCACACCCGUUUCGAACGCUUCAUUCUCCUUGAGGACUUGACCUCCAAUAUGACCAGGCCCUGUGUGUUGGACUUGAAGAUGGGUACCAGACAAUACGGCAUCGAAGCCACCCACGCCAAGCAGAAGUCCCAGCGCAGGAAGUGCUUGGCCACCACCUCCAGAAAGCUUGGAGUCCGUAUCUGUGGCUUGCAGAUCUUCAAGAAGGAAGACAAUCCCGAGCUCAGUCCCUCCCAGGCCGAAUCCUCGCCAAAUCCACUCGUCAAAGACAAGUACUACGGGAGAAGAGUCAAGAUCGGAAUGGAGUUCUGCAAGAUCUUGUCCAAAUUCUUGUACGACGGCCAGUCCAACUACUCGAUCCUCGUGAAAAUUCCUCCACUCGUGGGCCAGCUCAGCGAACUAUACGAUGCAUUUAGCAGUUUGAUUGGCUACAGAAUGUACGGCUCGUCCAUCUUAUUGAUGUACGAUGGAGCAGCAUCAAAUGGCGAUGUCAAGGUCAAAAUCAUCGACUUUGCGCAGUCCGUUAUCACACCCCUGCCUGAAGGUAUAAAUGAGGCGGGCGAGGAGGUCACCGUGCCUCCAGCACACCCAGACCUGGCUGACCAGGGAUACUUGCGUGGAUUGAAGUCGUUGGUCAUGUACUUCAAGCUCAUAUUCAGAAUCAUUACUGGCGAAGAAUACAUCGAUGCAUCUCAGGCCAUGCACCACGUGCAGAAAAGUAAGCUGGAUUACAUGAAGAGAAACAUGUGGUUGGAUCACUACGCAGAAACAGACGAAAAGGAGCAGGAGGUGCCCUCGGACCCGUUCAACAUCGACUAU